UUCACAUAUCGCGUAUUCUUUUGGACAUUAUUAUUUGUUGUGUUUUUUUUAUUUAUUAAUUGUACCGAGAUCCGUGUCCGCAGUGAGAGUGGAGUGUGUAGGAAAGUGAGGCGUCCGGAGUAUGCGCUUGUUCGCUUGAAUAUUUUCACUUUCUACUCGACGACGGGACACACAGAACGAUGAUUCCCGUGAUACGGACCGGUGCCUUACUCUGGCUGGCUAUUGUCAUAACGGCCGCAUCAGAGACCAACGAACAAAACACCACGACGACGACGAAGACCAUUCGUACGACGAUACUACCCUCGAAAACAACAAGAACCGAACUAAAAGUAUCAAGAAGUUUGAAUCCUCACGACACGCAAACGUUGAACGUUAGAAGCAAAUCUGGACAUGUCACGCAACUUAUUGUUAAGAAAAAAGAGAAAUCUACCACAGUUCAAAUAAGCAGUACUACCCCAACACCCACAACGGCUUCCAUUAAAACCACUGUAGCUGUAAAUACGACUGAUGAAACAAAAAACAAAACCGAAACGAGAGAUCAAAGGAAACUUAAUUUCUUAGGCACAGUCAACAGUGACCUAGCUGGAUAUGAUUAUUAUUUGAAUCGCAACAAACAUUCAGAAGAACCUAUCGAUGUAAAAGCUGAAUAUGGUAAUUGGUCACCAGUUUCAGUGUACCCUGAAUCGCAUAUUCAAGAAGAUGGGAAGAAACCGGAAGGUGACUCGGAAACCACAAGUUACUAUCCGACCUACGACAAUGAUAAAGUAACUGAAGACAAAAAAGUCUACAUAACUUCAGCCAGUUUCAAAGACUAUGGAGCGCCUAUUACGAAUUAUAGGUUCGAUCCACAAAAUCCAGUCAUCAAAAAUGAUAGGAAUCCAGUCUAUAUUGAAGUAGUGAGCACCAAAGUAUCUGAAGGAGAUAAUGAAAGGUUUAAAGUUCCGGAUCCAGUAGUAAUCAAUUCAGAGCCAAUGUACAUAAAGAAAGCAUUAGAAAAAUAUAAUAAUAAGCGUGGUAGAUCUAUUUUAACUCUUGGCGAUGAUGGCAUCCCAGAAAUUCAGGGAAUUAGAAUGCCUGAUGACGAAUCAGACAAAAAGACAUGGCGCAACGCCAGGGUUGUAAAUGGUGAACUAAUUCCGUAUCCUGAAGGGUAUAAACCUCCAAAAGCAAUUCCUGAGGCUGACGUUUACCCUGACUUAGCAGCCGAUAAUCCAGGCCAAAGUUUUGGUCCAUUCACUAAAGAAGACAACUUCGAUUCUAAAGAUGGUCCUUUCACCAAGUUCGACAAUUUGAAAUUUGAUAGCAGCGACGCCAUAACACCUUACACAACAAGUGAAAAUCCGUCUAACUACUACAAACAGAAAAAGGACAAUUACUAUUUAAAGUCAGGUUACGGACCAUUCACUAAAGCCGACAAUUCGAAAGUGGCAAAUUCUAAAUUAAUUGAAUACAUCAAACAGAUUAAUGACCAAGAAUCGAAGCGAGACUACUUCAGUGGCCGUAGUUCUAGAUCGCAUGAAGAUAUGGAAUUCGCGGAGAGCCACAUUCAAAGACGUAUGCUCCAUCAUCCCGGUGAAGUAAAUUUCCCCAACUCUGUGAUGUAUACUCCGAAGAAUGCCAAGCCAGGUUUCGAUGAAAGCGUAAGGAACCCAAUACUGCAAUAUGCUCAUCCGGAGCUCGGCGUGCAACCCGCUAAAGCUACGAGAGACAGCAUCGACAAUAACUACGACAACAAGGGACGUAAAGUCAUGUAUUAUACCAUGAAUGUUCCAAAAAGCGCCCACCCUUACCCUAUGGAACCUGUUAAUGGAUACGGACAACAGCGCUCCCAGAAAAAUAUCAACGCCAAUAAAUAUUAUGAAGAUGAAUAUAACAAAUUCAGGUACUACGAAAACGCUUAUAACUCACAUGAAGUACCCAGGUAUCCUUACAACAAUUAUGGUUAUUUGAAACGCACGCCUGAACCAUCCCUAUGGAAAAGAUUUACAGAUUCGAUCAAAGACACAAUGAACACAGCCAGCCAAACAGUUCAUCAAUUGACUAGGCCCAUCAUCGACCCGAUCGCCAAAGUAACUCAACCCGUAUUCGAACCAAUAGUUGAAGCUACACAUAAAAUAUCCAGCAACUUAGGUCUUUACCCGAGCAAUUCCAUUCAAACUCAAAGAUAUGCCCAAGACAAAAUCGGUGUAGCCGCUGUAUCUUCGGGAGCUCCCGCUAUGCUACCGGCUCUCGGAUUGAUGGCUGGUGGUGCAGCAUUAGGUCUUGGGGUUGUCGCAGUCGGAAAACUUCUCGACGUUAACCUAAUGAGAAGUGCAGGACUAAACGACGAGGAGAUUCAAGACGAACUCGAGAAAGAACAUAAACGAUCUUUUGAGGCGUUUGACGUGGACCGCCAAAUACUAAGCACCCAAAAGAUAUAUGACGACAACUACAAAAUGCCCAGUGAAAAUGUGUACGUGGUGAUGUCACCAGACAACAGUCAAGGUAGAGCUAAGAGGGAAACUCUUAGCUUCUUUGCAGAACCAUAUAAUGGCCAAGCUUUGAAGCGUGUGAAGAGGAGACACGUCAGAUCAAUCAACGAUAUGUCUGAAGAUCUGCAGCACGUGGACGUAUCACCACCGCCUUCUCUGACAACCUCCGCAAUGGACUUAAUAAAGCAGACCGACUGGAGAGAUUCACAAUGUGCCAAGUUCACAUUCUGCACUGUCCUAACAUCGCAGUCUGAUGAUUCUAUCUUUGGAAUGGAAAAGAAGAUGGCGUCGUUAAUAAAAAUGAUUUCAUUUGGCGCUGACCCCAGCACCUCAUCAGUGGCUCAUCAGCUCGGUGAUGUCAUGGCGGCGAGCCGGGACCACGACUGCGGCCGGUUCCAUUGCGAAACGCUCUGAUCUUAUCCUGCAUUGAGAGAAGACUUCCAGGCGUGACGUCAUAUGUGUCUAAAACUUCGCUAUUACUUUUCUUUAAUUCUAAUGUCUGAAUGACUUCGAUAUUUAUGACCAGUAACAUAUCGUUAACAGAAAAGCAAUUAGAAGCUUCGAGCACCGAUAAAAACCUCAUAAUAUCAUUUCACAUACAAAAAAAAAACAGUUACAAGUGAAAUAGGUUAAAUUUCAAACUACCCACACUGCAAUUAAAACCUUUUUGUUCCUAGUGAAGUCACGGACCGCGGCUACACGCAAUUAUAACAGAAAAUAAACUCACAUCCUGGUGAAAUAUAAUCGUGAUUAAUAAUUUAUUAUUCUAUUUAUUCUACGAUGUAAGCUAGUUGUAAUUUAAUAUUAAGAUGUAACUAUUUAUGACAAGAUUCGCGAAAAUGUUUUGCAAAUAAAAUUAAAACGUAAUUACGUACGUAACCUGUAGAGAUCGUUGCUUAGAUUUAAGUCAAA